AACACAAGGAAGAAAAAAAAUGGAUAAUCAAGAGAGAGGAAAACGAGAGAAUGAAGUUGCGAUGAAAUUCUCUAUAUGCAAGAGAUGCAAACAAUCUUUCAAUCCAUCGGAGAACGCUUUAUCUUCUUGCCGUUUCCAUCCCAGUUUCUUCGUUUCUCGCCGUCACGACGAUCAGAAAAGGUAUUAUGAAUUGGGACCAGAUGAUCCUCCAUAUGCUGCCAAAUUCUAUGACUGUUGUGGAGCUGAAGAUCGUGAAGCAUCUGGCUGCACCACUGGCUGUCAUGUCUCUUACGAUGAUGAAUAGUGAAGUUUGUUAGUCUCUUAGUCGCUAAACUUCUUACUAAUUUGAUACAUAAUGCAUAUGCUGUUCCUAUAAGUUGUUAUCUGACAAAUGUUCCCAAUUAGUUCUCACUUCUGAAAAUGUCUUGAGCCAAAUCCAAUGUUGCAUUAGAGAGACUAAAACAGACACCCAUAUGCACAAAUGAACAAUGGGUAGGCUUGCAAUUCCUUCACUUUCUAUGGUUUGGACAAUGAAAUACUUAUUCACAUUCCCAUGUAGUUUCUUUGAAAAUAAAUGGUUAAACACUUAUGCACGAGUUGUUAUCAAAUCCUGUUGAUAUAACAUACUUAGGGCACAUUCCUAGGAGAUGGGGGUAUUGUGGUUAUUCAUUACAACCUUGUAUGAUAGAUCAUCUUGUACCUUAUGAUUUCUAUAUGUUUAGAAACAAGUAAAUUUACAUGUUCA